GGGGGCGGGCGAGCGCCAUCUUGGAGCCGCCCCUGACACAGCAGCGGCGGCCGGCGCCAUCUUGGGGCCUGGCAGGUGGCGCGGCGGGGCUGGCGCGGCCAUGUUUGUGUGGGGCGCCAUCCCGAUGCCGGGCUGAGGGAAGCGCCGGGCGGGAUGGCUGUGGGAGCGCCCGUGGUCGGGCCGCCUCACCCAGGUGGUACCCACCUGCUCCCCUGCAUCCCCCGGGGCCGCUCCCCUGCCGCCCUGGGGCAGACCUGGCGGGUUAAGCGUCAGUGUUCUCUCUGUGGUGCGGGCAUUAGAUGGCUUCUCGGUGAAAGAGCAAGCCAAAAAGGAAAUGCGGAACGAAGCACGACGGGCUUAGUUUCAGGAGUGGGUCUUCCCCCAUAAUGUGGCCAAAGAUUCAUCAGAGAGGUUGAAAUCUUGAAAUAGAACAUAUUUAACCUGGAGGAUGGAACUGGUUAAGGACCUUCCUGCAAAGUAGAGCUUGACUGGCAGGUUCCAUGGUGGUGACCAGGCUAUGUGUCCCUCAGGCAAGAGAAGACCAUAGGAGUAAGCUCCUAUCAGCAUUGCCUGCCUGGGCCCAAAGAGUCCCCCUGGUAGGAUGGCAGCAGAGAAUAAGAUGAAGCUACAGGAAUUUUCCUGGCAGGCUGCUGACAGCCUGUCUAUCUUUGUGGGUACAGCUCAGCACUGGCCUGUCUUCCUUUUUCUGGUUUUGUGUUGGAGGCAGCAUCUGUGUCUUUCACAGACACGCUCAGGAGCAGAAGUCUGCUCUGUUCAUUUCCCAGACCAAAACCAAAAUACAGGCUGAUUCUUGUAUAUCUGGGCUUUUGUCAUUUCUGCUAUCAGUCUUGAUUUCCCAAAUUGUGACGGGUGAUGGGGAAAUCCCUUGUUGAACACUAGAAAUGCCCUGGAAGUCUUCAGUUUUUAUUGUCUUGCCACAUUUUGUGCAAAUCAGCAUUUCAGUUAACCACUUCUAACUUUUUGUCAGUCAAAUUUCUUUUUAAAGAAUAGACUUUUAAUACCCUGAAAAGUAAAAGGCAGAUUAAAAUCCUUUUGUCAAGACCAGUCAUGGUUUGCUGAGUACAGUGUUCGGUAUUUGAUGAAGUAAACCAUCUCAAGCUGGGACAGAAGCUGAUCUGGAUUGGUAAGAAUCCUAGAAAUGGGAUUAGCUUGGUGAACGUGCUGACCUGUUAAGACAUAGAAGUGUCUUCAAGACAAUAACAGAGCAGAUAUGUCACAGUGACAUGGCAGGGUUUAGACUUAGGAAUUACUUCCAGCAAAGGUCACACAGUGUCAACAGGCAAGAUGUCAUUCUGUUGUUUUACAGAAUAUAGUAAAGUAUAUGUCUGUGAUUACCAUUCCAGUGCUUUCUAUUAAUAUUUUAUUUAGAGCACUAUUAUUUUGACAGUUUUGAGGAACUUCCUGUGGUUUGACUCUUUAUUUUAUGAGCAUAUGAUGUCUAAAUCUUGAAAUGACAUUCAAAUGAGUCAUUUUAUCAGGGUGAAAGAACACACUUGGCACACACAUGCGCAUGCAGGAAAAAAAAUGCAGUUCCUAAAAUGUCACGUGAGAGCUUUUUCAGUCACUCCAGAGACAGGAUUGAUGGUACUUGCUCCAACGCACUGAAAUAACUGCUUCACUCAGCUCCAGAAUGCCUCAAGUCCUGGGCAAUAGCAGUUCACAGGGAGAGGCUGCUGUAUAUUAUGCAUCAGAAUCAAUUGUCUCCAUUGCUAUCUUCACCAUCGUUUUCGUCAUAGGUAUCCCAGGCAAUGGGUUGGUGAUCUGGGUAGCUGGUUUGAAAAUGAAAAGGUCUGUGAACACUGUCUGGUUUCUAAACCUUGCUGUGGCUGACAUCAUGUGCUGUUUGUCCUUGCCCUUUUCCAUUGUUCACCUUGUCCUCCAUGAACACUGGCCCUAUGGCUGGUUCCUCUGCAAAGUCAUUCCAACAGUCAUAAUCUUCACCAUGUUUGCUAGUGUCUUCCUACUUGUGGCCAUCAGCAUUGAUCGGUGUCUCCUGGUGAUGAAACCUGUCUGGUGUCAGAACCACCGAACAGUGAAAUUUAUAUCGCUAAUAUGCAGUGGCAUUUGGAUGCUGGCCUUCAUUUUCUGCUGCCCUGUCUUCUACUACCGUGAGACAAGCACUUACGAUGGCAAAACGGAGUGUGUGUACAAUUUCGGAGUUGAUGAUUACAGAGAUGAUCCUGUAAAUACAUCUGUAAAUGUGUCUGUAAAUGAGUUAUGGGAGGAAUACUCAAUCUACAAUGUUAGUGACUUGUGGGGAGAUAUCACUGAAGGUAAUGACUCCAUAGCCCUUGCCUCGGUGGUAAUAAACAUCACCAGGGCUGUCUUUGGCUUUGUGCUGCCCUUUGGCAUAAUGGCAGUUUGCUAUGCCCUCAUUGUUUUCAGAACACAUGCAAAUCAGUUUCACAAGCCACACAACAGGACACUGCGAACAGUUGUGUUUGUGGUAGCUGCAUUCUUCAUCUGCUGGGCUCCGUACCAUGUAGUUGGGAUUCUCCACAUUGUACCUACUUUUGGAAGAGGGCAGAUGGAGUCACUGAUCCUGUGGGAUCACCUCUCUACAGCACUUGCAUAUGCCAACAGCUGCAUCAACCCCCCGCUUUAUGUUUUUGUGGGACAGAACUUCAGGGCAAAGGUACGGCAAUCGGUGCGAAGAAUCUUGGAAGGUGCCUUUAGUGAGGAACUCACAUCUUCAACCCUUCACAGAAGCCAGACUUCAGCAGAGAAGAACCUUAGCAGCGCCUUUUAAUGCAGGACUUCCUAUCACCACUGCAGAAAGAGCAAGCUAUAGCGCUGCACAUCAAUUACUCUCUGCUUAGCACGUGGUUUUUCUCCAUUAUGUUUGUUUAAGCUGCGGCUCCAACCCAGGACACUGCAGUCAUUCAGCUCAUGACAGAUAACUCUUUUUUAUAUCCUACACUAGACACGGGAAGUUGGAAGCACCAAGACUAAUAAUCUGAGGGAUGACUGGUGAAGCAGAAGACACAGUACUUUAACCUACACAGACUAUUUUAAGCAGGGCUGGCUACAGAUUAGUGGUGGGAACCAUGUAGUUGAACCUCUCAAUUGAGCUAAGAAUGUUACUUUAUUUGCAUAUGUCUGUAUUCUACAUCUCCUGUCUCUGAUAAAGUGCAGAUAAAACUAAUUUGGAUGUUGCUU